UACCUUUUUCGAAGAGUGAUAAUAGUAUCCUCGGUUGAGCCGGAUGUUGAGAGAUCAUCUCAUGUCUUUCGUAUUAUUCCUUAGUUUCAGUCUUUUCGCACUUUCGGGGUACACAUUGUCGGUUCUUGUUACGUUCUGUCUCGUCGACCUCCCAUCGCGCGACAUACUCGAGUGUUACGAGGGUGAGGACGAUUGUCAUUGA